UUCACUCCAGAGCAGUGAACAAAGCUGUGAAGACAAGAUGAUGCAGAACAAGAUUCAACUCGUCAUUUUGCUCGCAGGAAUCCUGUCUAUGGCUUCAUGCGUCCCGUAUAAAUUCAUCCUGAUCGAAGAGCCAAAGACCUGGGUAGAAGCUCAGUCGUACUGCAGAGAGAAACACACGGCUCUGGCGACCGUUCAGAGCGAUGAAGACAGAGCCAAACUAAAGGAAGCAGCAAACGCUGUGAACUUUCAGUCUGUCGCCUGGAUCGGCUUCUACAAAGUUGUUUGGCACUGGUCGUAUCAAAACACGAUAAUCAGCUAUGCGAGGUGGGAUUCCUCUGAGCCGAACUUGCUCAACACAACUGAGGUCUGUGCGCUUGUAAAGAGAAACGGACGAUGGGCCGACACAUACUGCAGUGAAAAACGAUUCUUCUUUUGCAGUGACAGCUACACACUUUACUACAAGUUUAGGUACAUCGAAACAAGCAUGACCUGGCACGAGGCUCAAACGUACUGCAGAACAAACUACAUAGACCUGGCCACCGUUAAAGACGACAACGAGAACCAGUUUCUCGUAAACAAGCUUAACAUGGAGUUCGACCUCGAGGCCUGGAUCGGCCUGUCCAAGACGCCGGGGCAGUGGCUGUGGUUGGAUCAGACCAGCGUGUCGUCCUCCGUGAAAUGGCUCAGCGGACAGCCCGACGACGCGAGCGGAGACGAGAAGUGUGCGAUUGCCAGUACCGACGGAGAGCUGUCUGACGACACCUGCUCGACUCCGCUGCCUUUCUACUGCCGCGAAAGCGGGAAAAUACAGCGCGUGCGAGUGGCAGUGAAAUCAGAUGGAUAUCUGAACGAAUCUGCAGUGAUGGAGGCCAUAGAGAAGAAGAUGAAGCAGAUCCUCUCGGAUCAGGACGUGAUAUUCACAUCCAGCAUAACAUGGAACGUCCAACCUGACGGGAAUGUCUUUCAGCAGCAGAAAACACAAGAAAACACACAGACGGCAUGUGAGGAAUUUGAUCCAGUGAAACAAUAGAAUCUGAAACAUGCAAUAAGUUGUUCAACCAAUAAUGAAUCUUUAUGGUACAGGCUUGGCAACACCAUCACCAUCACAUUUAUUUAACUAAAGUUAAUCAUACUUUAUGCAUUAUGUUUAGCGAAUAAUAAACACGGAAGUGUUAGUAAAUUACAAUAUAUAUGCGAGAAUAUAUAAUAUAAUGUUUUCUGUUUGGCAUUUGUUAAAUCUUUUGAGAUAUAAGGCAAAAACUUUGCAAACAUCUAUUAAGUACAACAAACUUUCAUUAAUCUAUGUUUGAUAUGCAAUGCACCAUCACUGCAAAAAAUGCUUUUCUUUCUCAGUAUUUUUCUCCCACUUUCACAACAAGUAUCUAAAUAUUUUGGUAACACUUUAUAAGGACCAUAUUCUAGAUCAAUCAAUCCUACACACCUAAACUUAUCAACUCCAACUAAUUGUUAACACUUUAAGCCUGAAGUAAAAAAAUGACACCAACACUGCAUUACUUUCAGCAGAUUCUCAUGACUAAAAAGAGCCCAAAAUCUCCAUCGUUUGUCACUUAUAUCUGAGGAUAUUCCCCUUCGAGUUUUAACCCCACAUGACGCACAUGUAGCCAAGCAUAUGUAGUAUUCAUGUGGUGUUUUCACUUGUAACAAAACAGCUUGAGAAGCUAAAUGGCAUUGAAAAAUUCUUCUUGAUUUAUCAAAAAAUAGUUUAUGCCUAAAA